CUGGAGGAGGCUUGCCUUCCCGAAGCCGGAGAGGAUUUGAUGGGAGUUCGCCUUCCCCCGGCCGGGAAGAAUUUCCCUUCUGGUAGCAGCAGCCGCAGCAGCCGCAGCAGCAGCAGCAGCCCCACGUCCUGUUCUGGGGAACAGGGCAGAAUGCCUGUGCUGGAGCGCUGCUUCUACUCGGCAGAGCUAGGCAGACGCUGGACGGCCCUCGAAGGUGUGCCGCCCUCCUCCCUGGGCAGCCGGCCGGGGUGCCAGCAGGGGCCGCUGCCCUGGGACUUGCCCGAGAUGAUCAGAAUGGUCAAGCUGGUCUGGAAAUCCCAAAGUGAACUGCAAGCAACCAAACAGAGAGGCAUUCUGGAGAACGAGGAUGCGCUCCACAAUUUUCCAGAAGAUGUACGACUGAGGGGUCAGACGGGGGUUCCUGCUGAACGUCGUGGCUCCUACCCAUUCAUUGACUUCCGUCUCCUUAACAAUACCACACAUUCAGGAGAAAUUGGCACCAAGAAGAAGGUGAAAAGGCUAUUAAGUUUUCAAAGAUACUUCCAUGCCUCAAGGCUGCUCCGUGGAAUUAUCCCACAGGCACCUCUCUACCUUCUGGAUGAGGACUACCUUGGACAAGCAAGGCAUAUGCUCUCCAAAGUGGGAAUGUGGGAUUUUGACAUUUUCUUGUUUGAUCGCUUGACAAAUGGAAACAGCCUGGUAACAUUGCUGUGCCAUCUUUUCAACACCCAUGGACUCAUUCACCAUUUCAAGUUAGAUAUGGUGACCUUGCACAGGUUUUUGGUUAUGGUUCAAGAAGAUUACCACAGCCAAAACCCCUACCAUAAUGCUGUUCAUGCUGCUGAUGUCACCCAGGCCAUGCACUGCUACCUGAAGGAACCAAAGCUUGCCAGUUUCCUCACACCUUUAGACAUCAUGCUGGGACUGCUGGCUGCAGCUGCACAUGAUGUUGACCACCCAGGUGUGAACCAGCCAUUUCUGAUCAAAACCAACCACCACCUGGCCGGCCUCUAUCAGAACGUGUCUGUGCUGGAGAAUCAUCAUUGGCGAUCUACAGUUGGCAUGCUUCGAGAAUCAAGACUUCUCGCUCAUUUGCCAAAGGAAAUGACACAAGAUAUUGAACAGCAGCUGGGCUCCUUGAUCUUGGCAACAGACAUCAACAGGCAGAAUGAAUUUUUGACCAGAUUGAAAGCUCAUCUCCUCAAUAAAGACUUAAGACUGGAGGAUGUACAGGACAGGCACUUCAUGCUUCAGAUAGCCUUGAAGUGUGCUGACAUUUGCAACCCUUGUAGAAUCUGGGAGCUGAGCAAGCAAUGGAGCGAAAGAGUCUGUGAAGAAUUCUACAGGCAAGGUGACCUUGAACAAAAAUUUGAGCUGGAAAUCAGUCCUCUUUGUAAUCAACAGAAAGACUCAAUUCCUAGUAUACAAAUUGGUUUCAUGACCUAUAUUGUGGAGCCACUCUUCCAGGAAUGGGGCCGAUUCACUGGAAAUAGCCCUCUGUCUGAGAGCAUGCUGAACCAUCUUGCGCACAACAAAGCCCAGUGGAAAAGCUUGAUGCCCGGACAGCACAGAAACAGUGGCAGUGGCAGUGGCAGUGGCAGUGGCAGUGGCAGCUCAGGUCACACAGGCCCAGGUACUGAGAAGCAAGAGCAGACUGUGAGCGAAGGUGAUGCCCCAUAGAGCAUGCCAGAACUGCCACCUGAUCCCCAGGCAGAAAGAACAAGAACCGCCUUCAGCACACACCUCCUGAGAAGGUAGAAGCUUUGAGGGAAACUUCACGGAGAAACCCAGACAACUUCUGGGUCUCAACCUAGGACUCUUUGGAAUGCAACUCUCUUUCUUCUACCUGUCUCCCUUUUCCAAGUGUACAGAAGCCAUCUGUCACCUCAGCAUUAGCUGCCGAAAUGAAAACUCUAUUCAGAAAUGUGGGAGCCAUUUCUAGAAGCAAAACUUUGCCCCUAGGAGCAAAAUCUAGGAGCGAAUUUGCCCCUCAAGGAGAAGACUGGAGAGUAAGAAAAGAGGUGCUUCUCCCUGUCCCCCAUGGGUCAUGGGUCACACUGUGACAAGCAGAAAUUCCUAAAUCCUGAGCAUGUUAAUGAUUGCCCGUGUGUCCACUGAUCUGCAUGACAGAAAACACCAGCAUAUUUGGGCCUCUGAGGAUUAUGUCUCUGCAUUAUAAAGGCACAAAAGAGAGCAUGAGAGAAAGAACCUUCUAUUUUAAUAAUAAUAAUUAUUAUUAUUAUAAACAUAAUAAUAA